GUUACUGUGAAGAUCACGUAUAAUAGACGUCACUGUGUUUGCCAGUAAAGGGGACAACAUUUUAAGAAUAUCUGACAAAUUCAUUUAUGCUGAGCAAGACAAUGUCUGACAAGAACCAAACCUCAGACCUUCCUGAUGCACACAGAGGGCGUCUAGAGGAAAACCCGGACACUGGGCUGUUAAAUGUGAAGGAAGAGGAUGAGACAGAUGACAUGAAUAGUCAUCAGACUGAAAUACAUUGCUCCCUCCCUGCCGAUGAAGAUUACGCUGAUAUAGUGAAAGUUGAGAUAACAGAAGAUCUAUGUGUGAGGCAUCUGCUGGAAGCACCAGAUGAGGAAACCAGUGACAGCAUCAGCCCAGGUCGUAUGGAUGUGACGCCUUCAGAUGGCUCAGUAGUUGAGUACAGAGGAGAACCGUAUGUGUGUGAUCACGUGAAGACUGAGGAGGAUGAAGUUCUUAUCAAUACGGCUACAGGUGAAAAUGAUGCUAAGAUUUCAUGUAACAUGGAACAAACAGAAGAUCAGUGGCUAAGAAAUAUGCCAGAACCAUCAGAGCAGGAAAUAUGUGACAAUAUUGGUAUAGGUAAAUUCACAAACUGCAGUAAUCCUAGUCAUGAUCAGAGUGCAGAUUGUGGGAAAUAUUUUCUUAAGAGAUCACAUCUUUUCAAACAUCUAAAAAUGUAUACAGGAGGAAAAGGAUUUUCAUGUUCUGGCUGUGGGAAAUGUUUUAAUAAGAAAUCAAAUCUUAUUACCCAUCAGAAAAUUCAUACAGGGGAGAAAGCAUUUUCAUGUGCUGACUGCGGAAAAUGUUUUACUGUGAAAUCAACUCUUCUUGCGCAUCAGAAAACUCAUACAGGAGAGAAAAGUUUUUCAUGUUCUGACUGUGGGAAAUGUUUUACACAGAUAGCAAAUCUUAUUAGGCAUCAGACAAUUCAUACAGGAGAGAAAGCAUUUUCAUGUUCUGACUGUGGGAAAUGUUUUACUCUGAAACAAACUCUUAAUAGGCAUCAGAAAAUUCAUACAGGGGAGAAAGGAUUUUCAUGCUCUGACUGUGGGAAAUGCUUUACUCAGAAAUCAAAUCUUAUUAUGCAUCAGAAAAUUCAUACGGAAGAGAAAGCAUUUUCAUGUUCUGACUGUGGAAAAUGUUUUAAUAGAAAAUCAAAUCUUAUUAUGCAUCAGAAAAUUCAUACAGGAGAGAAAGCAUUUUCAUGUUCUGACUGUGGAAAAUGUUUUACUCUGAAAUCAACUCUUCUUAAGCAUCAUAAAACUCAUACAGGAGAGAAAAGAUUUUCAUGCUCUUGACUGUGGGAAAACAUAAUUUAUGUAAGAA